AGACAAAGUUCUUGUCCUGCUUGUUUCCUCAUAACUAGGAAUGUCUACUUACUACGAACACGCAGGGAACGCAGCUUGUUAAGCCUGUGAAUAAGGACCUUUAAGAUGCCAAAACCAUUUUUGCUCCUGUUGGCCUCUGUGUAUCUGGCUGUUUACAGUUAUGGAAUUGACAUUGAUGUAAAACCAAUUUUUUUAAUGGAAGACCUCCCGCUUGGUGCAUAUGCUUUUACAAUUAAUGCGACGGGCCCACCAGGUCAGCCAUUAACUUAUGCACUUGGAGGAGAUGAUGCAUUUUACUUCAGUGUUGCACGAGACACAGGAAGCGUAUCCAUAAGGUCUUACUUGGACAGAGAGGCGAAGAGAACACUUCUGUUAUUGGUUGUGGUUUCUGAUGGUCAAAACGAGGCGAGGAGACAACUUUCUAUAAUUGUACGCGAUGCAAAUGAUAAUCCGCCGAUAUUUGAUCCCCCAUUGUAUGACAUAAAUGUGCCAGAAAAUACUCUACCAGGAGUACUGUUUCAAGUGACAGCCACUGAUCGUGAUGAAGGGGAUGCAAAAACGAUUGUGUACAGAAUUGACAAUGUUAUACCAAGUACGGGCAACGACCUCUUUUCAAUUAAUGAAAUCACUGGUAAUGUCAGUCUUAUGGGAUCUUUAAAUUACACAAGCAAAAGCACUUUUUACCAGUUAAAAAUCAACGCAUCGGACAAAGGUGGCCCACUUAACGGAGAAUUCGUUAUCCAGUCCAGUACAGUUUUUGCCUCCAUUAAUGUCAUUGAUGUUCCUGAUCUUGAUCCACAAUUUAUAAACCUUCCAUAUGUAGCCACUGUUGAUGAAAACACACCUGUGGGAAUCUCUGUAAUCGAAGUCUUGGCUAUAGAUCCUGACAUGGGAGUCAAUGCCAACAUUGUCUAUACAAUUCAAAGUACCAAUGUGCCCGAUUUAUUUGAGAUUAAUGAAAUUACUGGAUUAAUAUCAGUCAAAAUGGUUUUUGAUAGAGAGGAACUAUUGGACAUUGAUGACAUUGUUACACUGAAAGUUAUGGCUAUGGAAACUGAAGAAAAUGUUCAUGGAAAUUUUCCCAGCACCACGACAGAUGUGAAGAUCACUAUUGGUGAUGUUAAUGACAACAAGCCUAAGUUUUAUUAUUGUGAUGCCACACAAUGUGAUUUAAAUACACAAGCAAGUGAUUUCAGUGGCGACAUCGAUGAACACUCAUUUGUGGGCGCCUCUGUAAACGGUUUAAAUAUUUUAGCAAUGGAUCUGGACCAGGGACAAAAUGCCAAGUUCACGUUGCACUUAGAAGGUCCAGACAAAGACGCCUUUCAGGUGUCGCCUUCCGCCGGCAUCUCAAAAGCUGAAGUACAAAUUCAGGUCAAAAACCAACAAGAUGUCGACUACGAAGAAAAGAAAUUUAUGAUAGUGGAGGUUGUUGCCACUGAAGAUUCCACAAGUGACAGCUUUUCCACAGCCACUGUCACCAUCCAGAUCAAUGACAUUAAUGACAACUUUCCAACUUUCAAGCAGGACACCUAUGAAAUAGCAGUGAAGGAACACAGUCCAAUAGGCACAAUCAUAGCCACCAUUACAGCUACAGAUCCAGACACAGAAGAUAAGGACAACAUCACUUAUACUCUUCUACCUGCUAACAUAUUGAAUUAUUUUGAUGUUUACCCAAGUAAUGGGAGCAUUAAAGUGGUUGAUGAUGAAAAAAUUGACCGUGAGAUCACUUCCUUUUUUUAUGCCACUCUAAAAGCGACGGACACCAAAGAAAAGGUUGGAACGACAACCCUAGAGAUAACACUCUUAGACAUAAAUGACAAAGUACCAAAUAUUACCAGGGAGUCAUAUUACGAGUUUGUGAAGGAAGGACCAAAUCAGCAACUGAGAUUCAAAGUCCAGGCCAUUGAUCAAGACGAACCAGAAACAAAGAACAGCAGGAUCCAAUACAGAAUUGAAGAAAGCAUGUUCAGCGACAAUUUUACCAUAAACAUAGACACAGGAGAGUUAGAAAAGAAAGACCAGUUAGACAGAGAAGCAAUAAACGCGUCACUCAAUGGGGAUAUUGUGUUAAACGUAACAGCUACUGACAUGGGGGAGCCACCUAGGGGCACAUGGGUCAAAGUCACAGUCAAUGUGCAGGACAUCAAUGACAAUACACCUCAUUUUAGGGAUCCUUCUUAUGAAUUCUUUGUCAAAGAAAGUAAUAAGGGGUCAUUUGUGGGCUCAGUGUUUGCUGACGAUGCCGACCAAACAGAGAUUAACAAUCGCAUCUCUUUCCGUAUCAUUGAUGGCAGCUUUGGCAACUUCAUUAUCAUCUCCUCCGCAGAAGACACUGGGGGUUUUAUUGGUAACAUGUCUGUGGACCCAGAUGUUGAGCUGGAUUAUGAGCGGGGGCAAAGGUUAUACACUCUAACAAUUGAGGCCACAGAUCUGGGGCAGAGAAAGGAUACAGUAAAAGUGAAGGUGAAUGUGCUGGAUGUAAAUGACGAGCGGCCGACGUUGCCAAAAGAUUUGACGUGGCAUGUAGCUGAGAAUACCACUGGUCUGGGGGUGGUGGGUAAAAUCGCAGGGGGGGAUCUGGACAGUAACCACUCCCUGGUCUAUGAGCUCAUCUCCACGCGCUGUUACUGCAAUGCAACCAUGGGUCCAUGUGAUGAGGAAUGGUUCGUAGUGGAGCCCACAGGUGCUGUCAUGGUCAACGAGGAAUUCCAGGUUGACUAUGAGAAGUGUACUCAAGUUCUGCUGGAAGUCCAGGUGGUGGACAUUUUCACAGAGAAAGGGGAGAAUACCAGUCUUCCAGCAAUUGUGACAAUCAAUAUUGAUGACAUCAAUGACAACAUUCCCAUCUUCAUAACCCCCGAUGGAGUAUUUGUUGUUGUUUCUGAAGAUACCGAGAAGGAUAAGAGUGUUGCUUUUGUCUCUGCUUUUGACCUGGAUUCUGGAGACAAUAAGGUCAUCACAUUUGACAUAUUAUCAGUGAAGUUUGUUGAUACUAAUAAUAAUGAGGUACCUAUGGAUGUAUUUUAUGCUGAAACCACUGCAAAGCUAGACUACUAUGAAGGAACCAUCAGGUGCCUUGGCAGUCUUGACGGUAACUUGAAAGGAAAAUACUCAAUAACAGUAAUAGCAAGAAACAAAGGGGAUGCAUCAGCAACAAUUCAGAUAGCGAUUUACACAAUUGACAAAUCUUAUCGCGUCGGCCUCCGUUUUGAAACUUCAGUUGCAGAGGUCGAAUCAAACUUGGACCAAAUUAAAGGAGCUCUUGCAGCAGCAACUGAAGCAACGGUUCGUAUAUUGGAGGUUGUGGCAGAAAACACAGAGCAAAGAGCCUCAGAAGUGACUAUUUUGGGAACAUAUUUUAUAUAUACCAACGGAAGCGCCAUGGAUUCAAACAGCGUUGAAAGGAGAUUGCAAGAAGACCUAUAUCAUGCUAACAUACUGCGGAAAUACGGCCUCACAUACAUUGUAUCAGGACUAACCCAAGAGAAAGAAAUUGAUCCUGUGUUUGUUAUACUUCUGGGUUUAGUGGCGGCUCUUGUAAUAAGUCUGGCUAUCAUGAUAACAUCACUUGUCUGCACCCGGAAGAGCUUCCAGCGGAAGCUAAAGGCAGCCAAGGCCAUGAACACUGCAACAAUGCUGACAACAGAGAAUCGCAAAACUGGCGCAGUGGUCCCGGGUACAAACAAAUACACAAUGGAGGGGGCCAACCCUGUGCUGAAUCUGAAUAUUGACACAGCCACAGACUUGGGCUUUGACGAAGACAGUUCCAGUGAUGACAUAGUUAGCAUGAAUUCCUUGGACUAUAACCAGUCAGAUAAUGGGCCGAUGACGAUAAUCCAGGAAGAGGAGGAGGAAGAUGAGACUUCAAUUGGCGAACAAGUGUAUCACACGUCCAUUGAGCCACUUGGGGCUGCACUGGCACAACGGGACAAAAAAAAGGAUUCAGGAAUGCAGUGGGGCUACGACAACCCAUCGCUGAGCACCACAGACUUAUGAGUAUUGCAUAAGGAAUACAAUGCUACUUAAAUGCUACAAAGUUACUUUUUAAUAUGAAAAUUCAAGAAAGCAAAUGAAACUGUUGUAUAAGAAUACAAAUGUCAUUGUCAAAUGCCAGAAUGUAGCAGUUUUAAGAACUAGAAACAAAAGUUAAAUGUUCCCCUCUUCUAUAGCAGUGAAUCAGUAUCAAUAAAUCAUUUGCUGCUUACACAUUCGUUAAGGUUGUGUCAAUUGUUAUACUAUUAGAUUCUACAAGCCUCUUAAAAAUGCACCAUAGUCCAUUCUUCUUAUUAUUAUUAUUUUAAAUUUAGAAAAAAUACAGUUGUUGACAAAUUGUUGGGGUAUGAAUGUUGAUAUAUGUUGACGUGUGUGAUAAGGUGCACAGCCAGAACUCAUGGGGUUGGAUCCAAAAAAUGGUCUGUGAGGGUGGGGGCUCGUCCUUAAUGCGUGUCUGUCUAUAAAGCAAAGGUUUAUCCACAAUUCAAAUAACCAAAACUCACCAAAUUUUCAACCAAUUUAGUUUGUUACGAAUGUCAGACAUGUAUUCAUGAUACAAAACACUUGGUCAAAUUAAAAAUGAAGGUUUUCAUAUUUAAAAUCUAAUGUAGAUUUUAAGUAGUGCUUCUUUUCCAAAUGAACUUACUAUUUUUUUUCUAAGGAUAUUCUAUUUACAUACUGCGUGUAAAAUGGCUACCAUGGUGAAAUUUUAUGAUUUUUUAAAUAAAUGUUAAUUCAUCUUCAGUGU